AUGGCCCUCCCUCCCAAGUUUGCCGGACAUAAGCUGCAAGUAGGCGAACCGCUCAGCAGCCCCUCUUCUUCGUCCGGACCUGCCGUCCCCCCCGCGACGCACACCCUAGAAGUCUACCUAGACUACGUGUGCCCCUUCAGCGCCAAGUUCUUCAAGACUCUGACGACGACCGUCGUACCCCUCCUGCGCGACGGUGGCAAGGCGAAGGCGCCGCUGGCCAUCAUCUUCCGCCAGCAGAUCCAGCCUUGGCACCCGUCGUCCACGCUGGUGCACGAGGCCGCCCUGGCCGUCCUGCGCCUGCGCCCCGCGGCUUUCUGGUCCUUCAGCGCCGCCUUGUUCGACCAUCAGGCAGAGUACUUUGACGUCGGCGUCGUCAAGGAGACGCGCAACGUCACGUACCGUCGCCUCGCGGACCUGGCGGCGGCCACCGUGGGCGACGGCCUCACCGCCGACGAUGUCUACAACCUGCUCGCCAUACCGGAGAAGGCUGCGCCGGACGGGAGCUCCAACUGGGGCAACAAGGUCACGCCCGACGUCAAGACCAUCACCAAGAUGAACAGGCUCGUGGGGAUCCACGUCACGCCCACGGUUGUCUAUGACGGCGUCGUUGCCGGCGACAUCAGCUCCUCUUGGGGUGCUGACCAGUGGGAGAAGUGGCUCGGCGAGAAUCUCGUCUAG